AUCCGGCCAUUUAUAUAAAUUCCAAGUCGCAAAUCCAAAGCCAUAUUCGAACCACACAAAAUUGAACUGUAAUUGUAGUAGUAGACAGUAGCACCAUGAGCCAGGAACAGCUCAAGAAACCUCAAGGGGAGCAGGACCCCAUCAAAUACGGCGACGUUUUCAAAGUCUCCGACGAACUCGCUUUCAAACCCAUCGCGCCAAGAGACGCAGCUCUCAUGCAAGCCACGGAGAACCAAGCAUUGGGCCAAACUCAAAAAGGAGGUCCCGCCUCGGUGAUGCAAUCCGCUGCAACCGAAAACCUCCGCGCCGGCGUCGUUGGCCGCCAAGACAUCUCCGACGUGGCGAGGAACGAAGGCGUGAGCGUGACCGAAACCAAAGUGGGCUGCCACCGCGUCAUCACGGAGUUCGUGGGAAGACACGUGGUGGGGCAGUUCGUGGAGCCCGACGUCCCCAUGAACACCCCAGGCACCGCGCUGGAGCGUGACGCCAUAACCAUCGGCGAGGCUCUCGAGGCAUCGGCCAUAGCCGGAGCAAGCGACAAGCCGGUGGAUGAAAGCGACGCCGCCGCGAUACAAGCUGCGGAGAUGAGAGCGACAGGAAAGAACGAGACAGAGCCUGGCGGGCUGGGCGCCAGGGCCCAGUCAGCAGCCACGCGGAAUACCCGUACUGUGUCCCACUCUCACAAGACAACCUUGUCUGAUGUCUUAACGGAUGCGAAGGAGAAGCUACCAGCGGAUAAGGCGGUGACGCGAGAAGAUGCGGAGGGAGUGAUUGGAGCUGAGCUUAGGAACAAAUUGGACAUGAGAACCACCCCUGGUGGGGUCGCUGCAUCCAUGGCUGCAGCAGCCACACUUAAUCAAAACAGACAAGUGACUGAUGCGUGAAGAUCUCAAGUUUCCAUGCAUCCAGUGGAGUUAAGUGCCAUACCCUGUGGCUGCUGGGGCAUCCAUGGCGAUAGUGUGUAUGUUUAAAUAAAUCAAGUCACUCUGAGUUUGACUAAUAAAAGUACAAUAGUCUUAGUGUGUCAAUUUUCUGCUUUUGUACUUUGUUUUAUUGAUUAUGGUUAUAUUAUUAUAUAUAGUACUUGGAUCCUCGAUCGCACUUUAAGAUUGUUUCUUUUAAUGGUCACUUCAUACCGGAUCAUGUUCAUGAAGCAGAGUCGGGAAUGUCAAAGGACGAAUAGGCCCAUAGCCAUGUUAAUGUGAGCCCUAUAUCGUCGGUGUCGGAAUAAAACGAAGUUCCC